UCCUCAUUCCACACAGUGGCAGCGCUGGCAUCGCAUCGUUCACAUCCACAUCCUGAGCCGGUGAAACGAGCUGCGGUAUCUAGCUGUCCUGCACGGUGCGCACCUCAACCUCAUACCUCAUACCGGUGAACCAAUACAUACAACAACAGUGGAGAUCUGCACUCAUCCUGGUUGCACAGGGGGUGAGAAGAUUCAACUGUUUUCUGGGGAGAAUAAUAAUAAUAAAGCUCCUGUCCUGUCCUGUCCUGUCCUGUCCUGUCCACAUAGGAGUGGGAAGAGACGGGACCUGUGAAGAGUCGCUCCUGUGUGCCGUGCAGCAGUGCGCGGAGAGCAGACGCACUAGAAAGGACAGCAGCAGCAGCAGCAGCAGCAGCAGCAGGGAUAUUAUAGGAAGGAAGGUGGAGGAGAUUUUACGCACAGCAGCACUCACUUAAACUGGGAGUCUCCUGCUCCGUUUUUGGGACUCAACACAGUCGCUUCUUCUUGGUCUUGGAUUUGCACUUGACUAAAAAGUCCAACAUCGGCUUGGGAUGGAUUCCUUCAUCAUAGUGGCUCUGGUGGCAGUGUGCUGCUCUCUAACAGCACCAGCCUUUGGGGACAAAGGGACCAGCAAAGCCCGGAGUUGUUCGGAUAUCAGGCAGUUUUAUAGCGGCAAAGGAUUCGCUCUGGAUGGGGUCCCUCAGUCUGAAAUAUCAGGGGAGCACCUGCGCAUCUGUCCCCAGGGUUACACCUGCUGUACCAGCGACAUGGAGGACAGCUUGGCCACGCUGAGCCGCAGGGAGAUGGAGGGACUACUCAAAGACGCUGGCCGAUCCUUACAGACCUCGCUCACUGGACAGUACAAGGCCUUCGAUGGUUAUUUCCUGGAGUUGCUGAACCGCUCUGCGAUCAACCUACAGGAGACUUUCACUUCAACUUGGGGCUCCGUGUACUCCCAGAAUUCCCAGGUCUUCUCUGACCUGUACACGGAUUUGAGGCACUACUACCGAGGCUCCAAUGUCAACCUGGAAGAGGUGCUCAACGAGUUCUGGGCCCGGCUCCUGGAGAAGCUCUUCUACCAGGCAAACAAGCAAUAUUUCAUAGGUGAGGACUACUUGGAGUGUGUGUCUAAGCAGAUAGAGACACUACGACCCUUCGGCGACACACCCCGUGUGAUGAAGAUGAUGGUCACGCGCACAUUUGUGGCAGCACGUUCCUUCGUUCAGGGCCUGAUUGUCAGUGGGGAGGUGGUGCGCAAGGUGUCCCAGGUGGUGCUGAGCCCGGACUGCAUGCGGGCCAUGAUGAAGAUGACUUACUGUCCCCACUGCCGCGGCAUGGCCUCCGCCAGACCUUGUGCCAACUACUGCAGCAACGUUAUGAAGGGCUGUCUGGCCAACCAGGCUGACCUCAACACCGAGUGGAGGCAUUUGGCAGAAACAAUGAUUCAGGUGGCUGGACGUUUUGAUGGCCCAUCUGGUGUGGAUAGCGUGGUCCUCUCCCUCCCCACUCGCAUAUCAGAAGCCAUGUUUACCAUGAUGGAUAAUAUGGAGACCAUCAACAGCAAGUUGUUCCAGGCGUGUGGCAACAUCAGAGAGGGAGGAAGCAGCAACACAGGAGGCGUGGACAUGAAGAGAGGGAAGGUUACAGUGGAGGACAAAUUGGGAACCAGCACUAACAAAAUGGACAAACUGGUGUCUGACGUAACCAUGAGACUGAGGGACAUGCAGCCGUACUGGGUUUCUCUCCCCGGUAUCCUCUGCAGCGACAGAGUGGCCACUGGAACAGGGGCAGAGGAUAAGUGUUGGAAUGGCAUGAAUCGUGCCAGGUACCUUCCCGAGGUGAUGGGCGAUGGCCUCGCCAGCCAGAUCAACAACCCUGAAGUGGAAAUCGACAUCACCAAACCAGACAUGACAAUACGCCAGCAGAUCAUGCAGCUGAAGAUCAUGACGCACCGCCUGAAGAAUGCUCUCAACGGCCAGGAUGUGGACUUUCAGGACACCAGUGAUGAUGUCAGCGGUUCAGGAAGCGGCACGUGCGCCGACGAGAUGUGUUCCCGUGACUCGCGCCCCAUCGUCCCCGUCACAGAACGACCCAUACUCUACCCGUACCUUCCAGAAAACAAGCAGGUGAAAGGCGCCAACAACGCCCACCAGAACCUCCCCUGCAUCGCCAUCUACCUGCUUCCACUGCUCAUUCUGCUGCUCCGGCGAUAAUUGACGGGGGAAUUCUACCAACUGGGACUGAGUUUGGGACACGGAGGUUGGGGAGAGUCUGAAAGGGGAGGGAGGAGAUGUUGGGGGGUUAGUUACUUUGCCAAAACUAAAUACAUAAAAGGAAACAACAAAAAAUCACUUGGAUGGACUUCCUUUUGGUUUUGGAUUAGAGCAAAAAUGGAAUUACGAGUAUUCAUAAAUGUUUUGGUUCUGCUCUUUUAUUUCUUGCUAUAUUAUGACACCAUUAGAGCUGGUCUUUUUCGCAUCUUCUAAUGUUUUGUUUCUGGUGUUUGGGUUCUCUGAGAUUAUAUCUGUACCUAAGACAUGUGUAAGACUAUAUUGCUAACAGUAUGUUGGUGUUGACACCACGGGGAGAGGGAGAAUGGGGCUUUGCAGUGGCGCUCAGAUUUGUUAUUCCACUCCUUUUAAAAAACAGCACUUGUGUCCAGUAGAAUUAUUUAUUUAUCAUUAAGUCACAACAGACCCCAGAGUGGUUUAAUCGCUCCCCAAUGUUUAUAGAAAACCUACGCAAACCACAAACUUAAAUGAAAUACAAUAUCGAUGACUUUUAAAGGGGGAUAAUCUGGACAGCACGACCCAGCAGACCUCUUAAUGCAUUAAGCCUCACAAUAUCAUUACGCUUACAUUCGCGGCGAGGAUGCGAGCACUCCGCGUCAGCACUUUUUCGCCAUUUCAUCAUGUAAGCUGUAAUAAAAGCCGUGAUCACAUUCGCACCGACAUGAUCGUCUAAUGUGGGAGUAACGUGACCCGUCCGCCACUCCAUCCACUCAUCCACUCAUCCCUACAUUCCCCCUGCCUCCCCCUGCUGGGGCGGAUCUCACUCUCUCUCCAGACCCUGCUGGCUGUGUGGGAUCAACUCGAGAGUCUGGUGUAAGCAGAACACAUGCUGGGCCGGGCCAGGUCUCAGAUGACAGCAGCUUCCCACUAUAGAGAACUGUAUGUGGAACGGGGGUUUAAGAUUGCCAUCACAGCAAAGGAUUAACAGUUUGUGAUUUUGGAGACGUGUAGCAGAAACACUGCUGUCAUGUAGCGCUUUUUUCAGUAUUCUUUUUAUGUGCACAGCAGAGCAAAAAUAUAUUUUGUGUGCUCCCUGCAAGGGCCCAGCGCUCCUGUGAUUAGCAGCAUCAUAAUUGCAACUAGCAAUGUCAUGCUUUUUUUGUCUAAUUGCAGCAGUAAAAGCCACACCAUGCACGUCUUUGAAUCGUACUACUAUUUGUAUGGCAGACACGACAGUGUACAUAUUUUUCUUUUCUUCUUUGUUGUUUUCUAGAAAAAAAAUAGCCAAUUACGUAUCAAAAUUUUAUAACAGCCGGAUCAUUGUAUGCUAUAAUUCUUAUUUCAUUCAUCGUCUGUCAAAGCGUAUCCAUAUCUGCCUUCCAUUUUUCUGCAACUUUUCUAUAUCAGUGCCUCUUUAUUCCCUCCCCCCCUUCUCCCCGCUCAUCAGUUAUAAUUACCUUUAAAGUGUUCCUCUGGCUUCUACAUGGUGGCAAGGCAAUAUGACAAUGACACAGUGCUUCAUUAUGUGUCAACCUUACUGGGAGUGUUGUGGGAACACAGUGAAAGGCUUUUCCCUGAUGAGGAAACACAUUUUAAUUCAAAGAAACGUCAAAGCUCUCGUUUAAGAACGCCGCGUUGCAGGACGAUGGGACGACGCUUGCAUGUGUGUUUGUGUGGGAAUGUGUGGACUUGUCUUCGAUUGAAAGAGCAAAAAGAGGGACAGACGAUGGAGCUUUUAUAUAUCUCGUUUGGAUGGCGCGGAAAUUUAAAAUGCAUUGGACUGACAUUGUCUGACUUAGUGCGAUUCAACUGACAGCAACGGGAGAUUAAUAUAGCUCAUUUUUCAACCUACUACUGUAAUAACUCACAAUCUCUAUAAGUAUUGUACAUAUGUGUAAAUGGACACAUAUUUUAGAAUACGUUGUUGCUUCAGUUGUACACUGGGACAAUCCACCAUGAUUCAUUUUAUGAAAAGAAAAUUCUGUAUAUGCACCUAACAGUUGAUAUUACAGCAGAUCCAAUUAAUUUUGUUGGGGGCUCUGUCAACAUUUGAGAAGCACAUCUGUCAGAUAAUUACUGCUCUGAAAAUGGGUGAGGCUGUUGUCAUAACCUGACAUGUUACUUUGAUGAUAUUUUCUUUCAUUUUUCUCGACAUGCUUAAUUAAUGUGUGUAUGUGUGUGUGUCUUUCUGUUCGUCCCUGGUUAAAGAAAUCUGCCUGUGACUGCCUUUGACACUUUGUCUGGGGUUGGGGUCCAUUUUUAGAUUCAAAAAGAGAAAUAGAGCGAUAUCAGAUGGUCCACUGGGGGGAAAAAAACAUUUUGAGCAAAGAACAAUUAGUAAGAGCACCACAUGGGUCUUCUUUUUGUGACCCUGUCUAGAAAAAUCUGAAUAUGAAUGUGAAAGUCCACAUUAAGCCCCGUAAAGAAUGAGAAAUGACUCCAACUGUGAUGGUGACAUUCCAAUUCAAAAGACGACUCGCGACUCACAACUUCAGUUUCAAUGACUGCCUCACAAUGUCAUCGGCUGAAAUUUGCACAACCCCCCCUUCUCUCCUCCUCCACCUUUUGAUCUCAUUAAUUUGUUGCUCAAAGUCCCCCCUCCCUUUUAUAAAACCUGCACUUUUAUGAGGCCAAUAAAUGGCAUUGUCUGCACAAAGACAUCACAAGAUGGUCGAUCAAUACGCGAGUCAACACCUUCCAGAAACGACUAUUGAUUGGGGAUGUGUGUAUGCAGAUAGAUGUGGCCCAGCAAGACGUCUCCUGUUCAACUGUGGUGAAACAGUGUAAAAACAAUGCCGCUGUGUGUGUGAGAGGAGAGGCAGGAGAAAGGUUUGUCCAAAGUGCUGAUCUCAAAUCAGCUUGUGCACCUCAAUCCUGUCCUCAUUCAUUAGGUGGCGAAAAAUGCAAAGCUGGUUAUACCACCGUUUAAAAACGGCUUUAUUCUACACUGAGUUGAAUACGAGAGGAAUUUCUUAAAGGUGCCAAUUCAUGAGGAAAAAAAAGUACUUUUAAUUCUCUUGUUUUUAUGUACUUUGGUUUUGUUGUUAUCAGAAAUCUAUGGAGAGUUUGUGCUUAUGGUGAAGAUAGAUGCCAGAAAGAGGUUGAAAAAUACAAAUGUCUCAUUUGCUGUUGUACCUGAAAUCUUGUGUCAAUUAUAUACAUUGUAAGAUUUUCAACA